GAACCGGGUAGCGGCGUUCGGGGAUCGAGCCCCGCGGGCGGCCGCGUUCGGACGGGGCGGGCCGGCUCCUCCGCGCCGGGGCUGCCGGCAGGCGGCGGCGGCCUGACGGGGGCGGGGGCCCGGCGCGGGCGGAGGCAGGAGGGAGGCGGAGGAGGAGGAGGAGGCAGAGGAGGAUCUCCGCCGCUUCUGCCGCUUCCAUCCCGGGGGCCAUUCACAGGCAUCGCAGCGAGGAGUAAACAGCCCCCGGCUCCGGCCGCCGCUGCGGAGGGCGAUCGAGAGCCAUGCAGGGAUUCGUGAGGCUCCGGCGCGCCGGCUGCGAGCGGUGCUGAGCCUGCCGGUGCCGGCGCGCUGUGGAUGCCUGGAAGUUGGUGCCGCUGCCCCUGGCUGCCGCGCCUCGCCCGAGGGCGCGCGGGGGCCCCGCUCCAUCCCGCGGGCGCCGGGUGCGUGCGGGCGGGCGGGCGGAUCGCUAGCCCGCGCCGGGCGUGAGCGCCCCGUCCGUCCCCCUCGCCCCCUGCCUCCCUCCCUCCCUCCCCGCGCCGAGGAUGAGCGACGGCGGCGGGGAAAGUUGAGGAAAUCGCCCACAUGCGCUGCAUCAGGCCGCGGCCCGGGGAAAGGCAGCGAGCCCAGGUGGGCGCCCAGAGUUUGAAGCCCGCGGCGGCGGGAAGAUGGCGGAGUGGAGCUGAGAGCGGGCGCCGGCCGCCUUGGGGGAGCCCCGUCUUCACUCGCAGCCGUCUCGCCCCACGCAGGACACAUGCAGGCCAAAAAACGCUACUUCAUCCUGCUCUCCGCCGCCGCCUGCCUCGUCCUUUUGUUCUCCCUGGGAGGCUUGCAGUUCCGCGCGGCCCGCGCCCGCGCCCGGCGGCAGCAGCCCCGUAGCCGGCAUGGCCCGCAGCCCGCGGGCAACGAGCGGCCCUGGCCCCGCUUCCCGGACGCGCUGCGCCCCUUCCUGGCCGCCGAGCCGCCCGACGCCGACGGCUACGACGCGCAGCUCUCGCCGCGCCAGAAGCGGGACGCCAACGCCAGCGUGUACAAGGGCAAGAGGUGCCGCAUGGAGUCCUGCUUCGACGUGGCGCUCUGCCAGCGCACCGGCUUCAGGGUCUAUGUGUACCCGCAGCAGAAGGGCGAGAAGAUCGCCGAGAGCUACCAGAACAUCCUGGCUGCUAUUGAGGGCUCGCGCUUCUACACCUCGGACCCCAGCCAGGCCUGCCUCUUCGUGCUCAGCCUGGACACGCUGGACCGGGACCAGCUGUCCCCGCAGUACGUGCACAACCUGCGCGCCAAGGUGCAGGGCCUGCACCUGUGGAACAACGGCAGGAACCACCUGAUCUUCAACCUCUACUCCGGCACCUGGCCCGACUACACCGAGGACGUGGGCUUUGACAUUGGGCAGGCCAUGCUGGCCAAGGCCAGCAUCAGCACCGAGACCUUCCGGCCCCGCUUCGACGUGUCCAUCCCGCUCUUCUCCAAGGACCACCCCAGGACAGGCGGGGAGAAGGGGUCGCUGCGGUUUAACACGAUCCCUCCUCUCAGGAAGUACAUGCUGGUCUUCAAGGGGAAGAGGUACCUCACGGGGAUCGGCUCCGACACCAGGAAUGCCUUAUACCACGUCCACAACGGGGAGGACGUUGUCCUCCUGACCACCUGCAAGCAUGGCAAGGACUGGCAAAAGCACAAGGACUCGCGCUGCGACAGGGACAACAGCGAGUACGAGAAGUAUGAUUAUCGUGAAAUGCUGCACAAUGCCACUUUCUGUUUGGUUCCCCGUGGCCGCAGGCUUGGAUCCUUCAGGUUUCUGGAAGCCUUGCAGGCUGCCUGUGUCCCAGUUAUGCUCAGCAAUGGAUGGGAAUUGCCAUUUUCCGAAGUGAUUGAUUGGAAUCAAGCUGCCGUCAUUGGGGAUGAGAGAUUGUUAUUACAGAUUCCUUCUACAAUCAGGUCUAUCCAUCAGGAUAAAAUCCUAGCACUUAGACAGCAGACACAGUUCUUGUGGGAGGCUUAUUUUUCUUCAGUUGAGAAGAUUGUAUUGACUACACUAGAGAUUAUUCAGGACAGAAUAUUUAAGCACAUAUCACGUAAUAGCUUAAUAUGGAACAAACAUCCUGGAGGGUUAUUUGUACUGCCACAGUAUUCCUCAUAUCUGGGAGAUUUUCCUUACUACUAUGCUAAUCUAGGUCUGAAGCCUCCCUCUAAGUUCACUGCAGUUAUCCAUGCAGUAACUCCCUUGGUUUCCCAAUCUCAGCCCGUGCUGAAACUCCUGGUUGCUGUAGCCAAGUCCCAGUACUGUGCACAGAUCAUUGUUUUAUGGAACUGUGACAAACCCCUCCCAGCCAAACACCGCUGGCCUGCCACUGCUGUGCCUGUCAUCGUCAUCGAAGGGGAGAGCAAGGUUAUGAGCAGCCGCUUCCUACCCUAUGACAACAUAGUCACGGAUGCAGUGCUAAGCCUUGAUGAGGACACUGUGCUUUCAACCACUGAGGUGGAUUUUGCCUUUACAGUAUGGCAAAGCUUUCCAGAGAGGAUUGUAGGGUACCCUGCUCGCAGUCACUUUUGGGACAAUACUAAAGAGAGAUGGGGAUAUACAUCCAAAUGGACUAAUGACUAUUCCAUGGUAUUGACAGGAGCUGCUAUUUACCACAAAUAUUAUCACUACCUGUACACUCAUUACCUGCCUGCCAACCUAAAAAAUAUGGUGGACCAACUGGCCAAUUGUGAAGACAUUCUAAUGAAUUUUUUGGUGUCAGCUGUGACAAAAUUGCCUCCUAUCAAAGUAACACAGAAAAAACAAUAUAAGGAGACCAUGAUGGGACAGACUUCCAGGGCUUCCCGCUGGGCUGACCCCGAUCAUUUUGCCCAGCGGCAGAGCUGUAUGAACACUUUUGCCAGCUGGUUUGGCUAUAUGCCGCUGAUCCAUUCUCAGAUGAGGCUUGACCCUGUCCUCUUUAAAGAUCAGGUCUCCAUUCUGAGGAAGAAAUAUCGAGACAUUGAACGACUUUGAGGAGCCCUGCUGAGGGGACUGAACUAUACUAUCUGCCCAGUGCAGAUCUACUGACACUUGGAGCCAGACUGUACCAAGGACAAAAGUACAUGCAAAUGGAAAGCUGACUUGUGGCUCCUUAAGGAUUCAUUGCUCUGGACUGAUUCAAACCACCUCACGGGCUACUGUCGCUCAAGACUAGGUUGUGUACAGUUUCAUUAUGGAACAUUAAAUAAUUAUUUUUGAAAUGAUUGCUAUGCAGGUUUAAACUUUUUUAAUGAUCAAAAAACUAUUAAAAACAGAGUUCUUUCUUUAAUCAAAAUUGUGUUGGCUGUGAAUAUUUCAAAGUUGCCAUUCCUUCCUUUACACGUAUUUUGAUUAUCUUUGCAAUUCUCAUUCGGGUUUCCCUGCGAAGUUAAAACAUUCAGAUCUCACAGGGAGAAAAUGCAGCAGUUUUGAAAAUAAAUUGAGCACAAACAGGACAGAAAUUAAACAUUAAGUUUCAUUUAGAGCUGAUUUUUUUUUUCUCACUACUCAAGUUAACAGCUGCUAAUGUAUAGAGUUCCAUUGCUCAGAGAGGAAGCUGAACAUCCAUUUAGUACAACAGAGUUAAAAUCCUUCUGUUUGGGGUAUAAAACCAAUAAAACCUAUUUUUAAAUGGCGGACAGGGGGAAAGAUUGAUGUCAAGGAACAAAACAGAUAAGAUUGAAGUGAGAGAGGAAUUUAUGCACAGCAGAAAUCCAAUGCCUUUUAAUCAUGAAGGAAUGACUCAUAACAAAUCAUUUUAACAUCAGGAUGGUUGCUAUAAUUUGGAUGCUCUGCUCGUUAGUUAGUCCCUGUUAUGAACAGGCAUUGCUACACUGCUGGAUAAGCUGUGGUUUUCAUGAGUUCCUCCUCCUUGUUUGUGGGGGCAUAUAUAUCAAAGUGACACUAUGUGUGUCUUGGUAGUUAAGGGUCUAUCAACAUUUCUGGUUUAAUCCCCUUGUUUUAAAGGAGGAAGGAAAGGAAAAGUAGGAAUCUGAUUGUGAACUACAAGGGGUUUCUAGGGCUUGGCAUUAAAAUACUUUGCCUGAAACUAGUUGUUUUUUACAAAUGUUUGAAGAAAAUCAACUCAGCCCAGGCACUUUGUAUUUGUAGGAGUGAAAAGGAAAGGCCAGAUUCCUUCCUCAAGGCUUUCUGGUACUUAAAAUAACUAUAUGGAUGGGAAUGGAUUUACCCUAAAUUUGCCAGAGGGUAAUUCCAGGUAGAAUCUGGCCCCUAAACCCAGGCAUUUGUUCUUGGUGCUUUUCUGUAAUAUUUCUACUAAAAAAUGGGUUUGUCAUUUCAAACAGAAGCAUUUCAGCCAGUCUGUAGUAUACAAACUAGUUGCAUCUUGGGGCAAGAAAGCACGAACGUGGAUAGAGAUUAGAAAGACAACAACAGAAUCGACUAGGUAAACCAGCACUUUUUCAAAAUGUUUUAACACUCUCAUUCUCAUGAGCUGUUCUCGGGGUGCUUCUAGUACUCAUCGCUCACACAAAGUGUGUUAAAUUUUAACUGAGAAGGUCUGGCUGUGCCCCCAGAUAAAAAUGGGGCAGAUCAUUCCUUACCUCCAAACCUUUGUGUUAGGUAGUUAAUUCGGGGCCUGGAGAGUAUGGCUUUGUAGUUAGAACAUGGGGUCCUGGAGUCGGUCUAUUCCUGGCUCAACCAAUGACUUGUUACAUGGCUUUGGAUAAGUUUCUGAUCUGCUGUGUGCCUCAGUUUCCCCAUCUCUAAAAAGGGGGCAUAAUUGUAUUUGCCUAUUUCACAGGGGGAUUAUGAAGCUGAAUGAAUUAGUGUUCACAGGGAAACACAAGUUCCUCUACUGAAAGGUGCUAUCGAACUGCAAAGUGUUAUUGACUCUUGUUUAGUGACAUAUCAGGACAUUCCAAACAAUGUGUUUCUUUCUGUAUGAACUGCAAUAACCAGGGAGAACACAGGAAGUUAGGGCAGAGUUCAGUUCCUGACUGUUGUUGUAAGUCUGAGCCAAACUUUUAAAGACAUUGUUGAGGUAUUUUGAGCUUUCCUUGGUCUUUUUUUUUAAUUGUUGUGUUUAAUUUUUUUGCCAAAUCGAAGCAAAAGACUAACCUCUGUUGGCCUAAAGUUCAAAAGUGGAGAUCACCCAACUGUUCUUGUUGGCCUUCUUACUUUGGAAAAUAAGGCCACUUUUUUAGGUGCUAAAAUCUAUCUUUGGCCUAUCUUUAGGCUUAUGUUUUUGAAAAUGUGGUCACAUAUCAGCCUGGAUCAGCACAGCUCCCGUUUUGUUUUUUUGUCCUACUUUCUGGACAAGCACAUAGAUGUUUUAGCAGGAAUGUCUGUAGCUCGGGAGUUAGCUAAUGGAUCUGUAGGCAGCAGGAGGAGACUAUGGGCUUUAUUAAUUCACUGUACAAAAACAAUGACAAUAGUACUGCUUUUUGUUUUAUUGAAUGAAAUUACUUGGCAAAAGUAGGGUGGGUUUUUAAUAAAAAGCCAGUGGAUAGUAUCCAUCUUUUAAAUUCAGAAGGUGAAAUUUUGGGGCUUAAUCUAUCUGACAUGGUCUUGCUAAUAUUUUUUUAAUGCGCAAUUUCUUGAAGUUGCUAAACAAAUGUAAUGGGGCUAGAUCUGAAUAUCGUUCAAGGCUCUUUCUGUUUACAGAUCACUAAUUACACAAGUAACAAUGCAAGGCUUAACUCCAAAUGGUUUCAGAUAGGUAUGGGGCAUUUUUCUUUGUAGCAUGUUACCAAGGCAUAGGCAUCUCUCAAGGAAAGAAUGCGUCUCCCAGCCAAUCUUGAUAAUGGCCAUAGAUCUUUCUGCCUAUGUGUGGAGACUCAGUUCCUAGCUAAAUGUUGAAAGUUGGAUGCAGAUUUCAUUCAGAACAUUGUGCAUUAUCCACAACGAUGACCAAACAGUGUUCCUAAAGCAGGCUAGGCAUGGUUCAGACCCAUACCACAUUGUACAGAGCUAUGUUGUUUCUGUAGCAAAUGAAAUCUCCCUUUUAUCUCAUGUUAGGAAUUAGUAUAUUGUGGGGGGGUUUCCUCCUCCCCUUAAUUCAAAUGGUGCUCAAACAAGGGUUAUUCCUUGUUCUUCUCUUGUUUUGUUUUAGGCUUAUUUUUUGUUAACAGCAGGCUACGUUAGCCUUCACUUAACAGGUACUUGAAUGCCUGAUGACUUGACGGAGUGUUACGCAUGUGGCCUUUAGCAAAGGUUACUGACCUUAAUUUAAUCAGGGGUGAGAUGGAUGGCUGAAUGUGAAUAGAUCCGUGCCAUUAAAAGAGAAUAAAAAUAAAGAUCUGCAUUUGGGAGAACUAAUGAAUUUUUAAUUGAAUUUAUUUAAAAAAGAAAAAACCCCAAAACUGGCUGGUUGUAAUUGGAAUGGAACCUCUGCUGGAAGAGGGUUUAAUCAUUAGAAAAGCAGGACACAAAAGUAAGGGCAAACUUCCAAGAUUAGAAAGUGCCUGGCCAGCCCCACAGCCCCAAGGGUCUGUGUAAGAUCUUAUUCACCCUCUUUCCAUUUUUGAAAAACUCUAAUUAUCACCAUAACUUUUUGUAAGUGUGGAUGUUUAAGCUUUGUAAUGAUUUCAUAAUGAACAUGCCCUAGUGCUAAUUCUUGGCUAUUGAGCACUUUGAUCUACCUUGAAACCACCACAGAUUUGAUCACUUUCAGAUUUCAAUUUCUUUUUUAGAGCCAAGUUUGACAUAGAAAUUAAUCUUUCACCAAUGAGCGCCUUUUAAAAUAGCUCAUUUACCAAAAAUACAUUAUUUCAAGACUGGAAGUGAUGAUUUGACAUUGAGACAAUGAAAGUACCAGCCUACAUUCAGCUAGAUAUAGCCUUUUUUUUUUUUUAAGGACCCUUUCUUCCCCCUGCCAAAAAUUCAACAUACUUGUCUUUCUUCUCAUAUCUAAAACAAAACAGCAGCAUGCUGUUGCCAUUCUAAUACCUCUGCUAAUCAUCUCUGAGUUGUCAUAUCCUCAAAUCAAGCUCUCUUGCAGCAAAGAAAGGAUGGGUUGGAUUUGUUUUCUUCCAGUCUGGCUUUGCUGUCAAAACCUGCAGCUUUAGCAUUUUAUACACAAACCACUGGCAGUCAGCCUGAUCCUGCAUUGGCCCAGCACAGAACUCCAUUGACUUAACCAUGGAAGAUGGGUCCAUGAUUGAAGUCAGCCGGUCCUGUGCAGGUGCCUGUGGGCUGCCCAAGGUAGGGUCAGAGCUGCUGUCCUCUGAACACUUGAAGCAGAGUGCUCCAAGCUUUGUGUGUUUCACAUGAUUUACAAUGAAGUCCAGUGGGCCUUUACACUAUUUUAAGUGUCUUCACAUGCCUUUUUACAGUAGUUCAUUUCUUUGAGCUGUCAGUGUCAGCCCAUAUUGUACGUUAGGAUGCUCCCUUGUCCAUGUGAUUAGUUACUGUUUCACAGUGAAAUUAGGGGUUAUCAAAUAGGCCUUGUGACAGUGUACAUAACGUUGUAUAUUUAUUUUGAGAGAAAAUAUGUAUAGUGUCUGACUGACAGGGAUAAAGAAUCCAACUGGGAAUACGUAGAUGGGCAAUUGUAAAGCAAAAAAUAUAUACCUUAUUUUGUAAAAAAUGUACAUUUUGGGGGAAAUUUUCUAAUGCAUUACCACUGUUUUCAUAGUGCUGCCACAUCUUUCUUUCUUUCUUUUUUUUAACUGUUUCUCCCCUUUUGUUUGACUAUUGACAACACGGUGCAAUUAAACCUAAAGCAAGUGUGUGAGUGAGAGAAAAAAGAUGGAGUGAGAAAUUACAAAGCCAUAUCACUUGAUUUACUUCAUUAACCUGUAUAACGUUAUAGGUUUACCAUCUAAGAUAGGUUGUUUUUAUAGAUAGUGUCACCAAAGACUUUUUUCUUCAAAUUUAUUAAAAAGCAAAUUGUUAAUAAAUGACAUACCUUUCUGCUGCA